CUCCGCAGCAGAUUCUCUCUUGGAAGUGGCGUUACAAAUCGUUUAGCGAGAGGCUCCAGUUUGAUAGCAAGUUUAGCUGUAAAACUGCCCUUAAAAUAGCUGUAAAGGGAAUUUCAGUCAACGUUUUCUCAAUGAAUGGACUGUGAAGUACCAUCACAUUUUAAGGAAGUUUAGAUUUACUUACAAAACACGAUAACAGCUGGUUGAACAUUGCCCACGAGUCGUGUCCAGCGGGAGUUUUUGAACACACGGACAGAGGUUGAGGCGAUUUGGUUAAUGGAACGUGCCAGUUCAGGAAAAUAUGUAGCUAGCUAGCUUAACGUUAGCUAUUAGGCUAAACACAUAUCGCGUGUCCUUUUGUUUUAGCUCGGAAGGUUCAAGCUGUGUUUAUGCAGCUGGCGUGGAAGACACCGGCAGGAGGAGAAAACAGUGGUGAAAAGCGACAGUGAUAACCCGAAAAACAUCUCAUCACCAGACACCGGAUAUUAGUAAUCCCUCUGUCUGAAGGCGUUCUGUCUCUGGUUUGGACUCCAUCCCACUCCCUUCUAAAGGGUCAACUGUGGGACAGCAACACCUUCAGGCUACUCCUGCAGUGAGUCAGUAUCAUGGAGGCAGGCAGUGGGGCUGCUGCAGCAGUGGGGAGUGCAGCUCCAGGACUGCACGGCGCCACGGAAGCAGCCAGCCAUGACAUCUCCGACAGGGGCCUGAGGCCAGGGCGUCACCCAGAGGACGACGACAUAGUGCCUGAGCUGGCCCGCCUGGUCUACCCCCGAGAGAGACCUGACUGGGAGGAGACCAUCAGCGCCAUGGCGCGGAGUGCUGAGGUCCCCGAGCUGAGCACCGAGCCCCUCCUGCGCUCCUGCAGCAGCACGGCCAGCAUGAAGGUCAAGAACGUCAAGAAAUUGUCCUUUACCAAAGGCCACUUCCCCAAGCUGGCUGAGUGCGCCCACUUCCACUACGAGAACGUGGACUUUGGCGCCAUCCAGCUUUCACUCGCGGAUGAACAGAGCGAAGUGACACGGAAUGGCUUUGAGUCCAAAGAGCUGCAGUACUUGGUCCAGAUCUACUGCCAGGGCCGGAACUGGAUUGUGAAGCGRAGCUAUGAAGAUUUUCGUGUCCUGGAUAAGCACCUGCACCUCUGCAUAUAUGACCGCCGCUUCUCGCAGCUGCCAGAGCUGCCUCGAUUCGACAGUCUGAGUGAUCGCGCCGAGGCAGUUUCCCAGAUGCUGAUGGCUUACCUCUCCCGCCUCACAGCUAUCGCUGACAACAAGAUCAACUGUGGGCCUGCCCUCACAUGGAUGGAGGUUGAUAACAAAGGCAAUCACUUACUGGUCCACGAGGAGUCCUCCAUCAACGUGCCCGCCAUCGCCGCCGCCCAUGUCAUCAAACGCUACAUCGCCCAGGCCGCCGACGAGCUCUCCUUCGAGGUUGGGGACAUCGUGUCUGUUAUUGACAUGCCCCCCAAAGAGGACACCACGUGGUGGAGGGGCAAGCACGGCUUUCAGGUUGGCUUCUUUCCCAGUGAGUGUGUGGAGCUGAUAAACGACAAGGUGCCGCAGUCCGUCACCAACUCGGUGCCAAAACCAGCAUCCCCCUGCUCGGGUCUGCGGCCUGCCUCCUGGAGUCUCUUCCCACCCUAUUUGGAGAUGGAGAGUGUAAAGCAGGACAGUGCAUGGGUGGCCGACCCAUUAAACCACUACAGCCUGAGCUCAGUGUCUAAGAAGCACGGGAAGCUGAUCACGUUCCUGCGCACCUUCAUGAAGUCCCGGCCCACCAAGCAGAAGCUGAAGCAGCGGGGCAUCCUCCGGGAGAGGGUGUUUGGCUGUGACCUGGGAGAGCACCUCCUCAACUCGGGCCACGAUGUUCCCCAGGUGCUCAAGAGCUGCACGGAGUUCAUCGAGAAACAUGGCGUGGUGGACGGCAUGUACCGCCUCUCUGGAAUCGCCUCCAACAUCCAGAAACUACGGCAUGAGUUUGACUCGGAGCAGAUCCCCGACCUGACCAAAGACGUGUACAUCCAGGACAUCCACUGCGUGGGUUCAUUGUGCAAGCUCUACUUCCGCGAGUUGCCCAACCCCCUGCUCACCUAUCAGCUCUACGAGAAAUUCUCCGAGGCCGUGUCAGCAGCCACAGACGAGGAGCGGCUCAUCAAAAUACAUGAUGUCAUUCAGCAGCUGCCGCCUCCGCAUUACAGGACUCUGGAGUUCCUCAUGAGGCACCUGUCCCAACUGGCCACCUUCAGCUACAUCACCAACAUGCACAGCAAGAACCUGGCCAUCGUCUGGGCACCCAACCUACUGAGGUCCAAGCAGAUAGAGUCGGCCUGCUUCAGCGGCACGGCAGCCUUCAUGGAGGUCCGCAUCCAGUCGGUGGUGGUGGAGUUCAUACUGAACCACGUAGACGUCCUCUUCAGCCCCAAGCUCAGCUCGCUCAUACGGGAGGGAGCAGGACACAACUCGUUGUUGCGGCCCAAGUCCCUGCUGGUGUCGUCCCCCUCCACCAAGCUGCUGACCCUGGAGGAGGCCCAGGCCCGGACCCAGGCACAGAUCAACUCCCCCGUCACGGCCGAUAGCAAGUACAUUGAGGUGGGGGAGGGUCCGGCUGCGCUGCAGGGCAAGUUCCACACCGUCAUCGAGUUCCCUAUGGAGAGGAAAAGGCCCCCCAUCAAGUCCAAGAAGUCGCCGGUGGGAAACUGGCGCUCCUUCUUCAACCUGGGCAAGUCAUCGUCCAUGUCCAAGCGCAAGCUGCACCGCAACCCCAGCGAACCCAGUGAGCUCAAGGCCAUGGCCCUGGCAGGAGGCAGAGGGGACACGGGGACACUCCGAUCGGCCAAAAGCGAGGAGUCGCUCACCUCGCUACACAACGUUGAAGGAGAGUCGAAGGUGUACCGUCCUCGGCGGCCCCGCUCCAGCAGCGAUGCCCUCUCGGCUUCCUUCAACGGUGACCUGCUGGACAGCCACACCCGGCASCACUGCAACUCCGAUGACAAUCUGGCCCAGAGCCACAGCGGGGGCGCGACCCGCGACGGGGGGGACAGCGAUGGGGACGACGGACCCAUCUAUGUUCCAGCCCUGAUUUCGCCCCCACGUUCAGCCGGCGAGGACGUGGACCUUAGCCCCCCAGACAUCGGCAUGGCCUCGUUGGACUUUGACCCCAUGUCGUUCCAGUGCAGCCUGCCCGACGGCUCCUUCUCCUUCCCCCUGGGGCUGAGCGARGUCGCUACGGGCGCGGCUGGCGAGGGCACCAGCCUGAAGAGGAGCCCAGGCAGCGUUGACAACGGCUCGGCGCUCGUCUCUCCCUCCUUCCUGGGGAAGUUUGCCAACCCCUUCUUGUCGCCUGACCUCAGCCCGGCCACGGGAGAGAAAGCAGGGCGCAAGAAGCUGGUCUSCUCAGUGUCUUUCUCUGACAAACCCGUACAGGCUGUGUCCCCUAAAAAGUCAAAGUCGGACAUUUUGGCUCCUCUGGCUAUUUCGGAGCCGUUUGACAUGGAGAUUUCUAGUAGGCUUACAGAAAGCCAUGGUUUUCCCCAGCCUUCUUCCCCUCCCUCGGGACUGCCCUGGGACUCUCCUCUGUUAAUGGGCUCAGUGCUGCUGAGGACAGGGGAGCCGUCGCUGAGCGAGGCCUUUCAGAUGGAGCUGCACUGUAAGCUCUCUGCCUUCGACACUGAGAGACAAUACUCCACAGGGGAGGAGAGCACUGCCCAGCAACCUACAGCAACCAAUAGCAAGGAACAAUUAGGAGCCGUAGCUAGUCUGGACUCUCCAAAAGCCUCCCCCGGCCCUCUCAGCUCCUCCUCUGUGUCCCUCCUCCCUCCCCCGCCCCCUCCGAAGAAUGCCGCCCGCAUGUUGGCCCUGGCCCUGGCAGAGUCCGCCCAGCAGGCCUCUAUCCUGACCCAGAAGAGGCCCUCCCAGUCCCAGCCCCCCACGCCAGUGUCCCCCAUUAGACCCCUGGAGCCCUCACACUCCCUGGACUGGCCCCCUCCCCCAGCUCUGCGCCCCCAGACGUCCCUCGAGGAGGGACCCAGGGCAGGAGAAGCCCAGACCCCAACCUUAACCCCCACCACCCCAAACCUUGCCCCUUCCUCCCCUCCCCCUCCCACCCCCCCUCCUGACAACCAGCCUUGCCAGUCAGUGAGCCAUGAGUCCAUCAGUAUGUUCACCAGUGCAAAGUCCCCCUCCACUUCUCCCGGAGCCAGCCAGGAUAUGGAUUUCACCCCACCGGCUUCCCCCCACCACCAGUGUACCACCACUCCCUACAGCCCUCCAGCCCAUGUGUCCCCCACUCGGAGGAGUCCAGACAGGCAGCAGCCCGCCAUGGGCCAGGUAGCGGUCAGCAGCACUGGAUUCUCCACCACCACUCCCAGGAGCAGGGAGACGGGUGUCCUGCCACAGCCUGCUCCUGAGGUCCAUGUAGAUGAGACCGUCUGGUCGCCAUCUCCGAAACCCUCAGAGCAGCGAGUUUCAGUUUCACAGCCUCAAAUACAGUUCCAUACUCAUCCACAGGCCCAGCCACAGUCACAGCCUCAACCCCAGCCCCACUCCCAUCCCCAGCCUAACGCCAGAGUGGUCCCCACCCCAUCCGAGUCAGUGGAGAGACCAUGGCAGGCCAUAAAGCCAGUUCAGCCCGGCACGGAGCCUGUGACCCACGCCCAUGGGCCCACGCCGCCAGCGCCUCCCGUCCGCUCCAUUGAGAGCAAAUUGGCAACCGCCGCCCUCAGCCACACAGAGGCCGCCAACCCCGCCAUCUUCCACAACAUCCUGACAGAGGUCUCCACGCCCGAGGAGGCCCUCGCCCAUCCUCACCCUCCCCCGCGUAAGUCUUCCACCCAGCAGUCAGCCUACCUGUACCACACCAAGGGAGAGGCUGCCUUAAUGGAGCCUCCCGGGGAGGCCUACUACCACCAACGGGCCAUUCCGGUGGGGCAGCCUUCAUACCACUACCGGCCAGACAGUGUUCCCCCACACCUCUCCUACGCGUCAAAGUCGGCGCCCCAGAUAACUUACAGUGCCCGCACGGACCACCGCUACAACACCCUAGCUAACCCCAGGUCCUGCCACCAGUCAAUGAAGAAUCACGGGCCCCCCAGGGGUGGCGAGUACAUAUCACCCGGCCCGGGACACCACGGCCAGGGCUAUGGACCCAUGGAGGGAGCUCCGGUCUACCCCACCAUCCGUAGGGUGCACUCGCUCCACGUGCCCUCAGCAAUCCGCUCGGUGCCCAUCCAGCGGACCGAGGUGCCUCCCAACGACGAGCUCUUCUACUACCAGCGGCCCGUCUACCAGUGCAAUACCUACCAGCAGCCGCCGCAACAGUCGUCGCAGGCCGACUACCACGUCACCCAACUCCAGCCUUACUUUGAGAAUGGCCGGGUGCAGUACCGUUACAGCCCCUAUUCGCCUUGCGCCAACCCGCUGGACGCCCCUUACUACGACGUGGACCCCUACGGGACCAUCCGGCUGCGGCACUUCCACUCGUUCAGCAGUCGGGACCUGGGCCCCACCCUCAGCCGGUCGGGGGGCAAGGCGGGCGGCUACCACUACCUGUCCCGCCACAUCCUCCCGCCGGGGAAGGAGCACAGCUUCGUCAGCAGAGACAUGCCCCCGGGCCAUGGCUCAAAGGGAGCCGCCGUCUACUUUGCAUGGAACCCAGAGGACUCGGAAAGGCUCCGGAUGCACUCCAUCCACAGAGAGAGCCGGGCCAGGCAGAAGGUCAAAGGACCUGUCAUGUCUCAGUAUGACAACGUGGGCCUGUUCAUGCCUGGCGACCUGGGAGGGUACGAAACCCUACACCUGCGCAGUAAGUCGGACCCCGGCAAAGCCAUGCUGAUGACUGUCGAGGGUAAAGACGGGCGCUACGGAGUACCGCCGGGCUCCCAGCACGCUCCCCGACACCUUGUGUCUGACCCCGACGUCCUCAUGUACAUGGAGACGGAGAAGCACUGUCAGGGGAACGGCACCGGGGACAAACAUAGCAACUCCAGGACCUGCCAGGUCUCCCACUCGCACCAAACCCAACACCCACCCCGUUACCAGGCCCAUCAGCAGGACCCCAGCCGACACGACCCCGGGGACGGAGCUCGGAGCUUCCAACCCCGCUACGAACAGCCCGAUCCAGACCGCCACCAGAACAGGUCCAAAACCCCCGGUAGUUACCAGGACAAUGAUGACCACCAACACCAGUCGGCCCCCGUCAAAGCGCAGGCCCCUCUCAAGCCCGAGCGGUCGCACAGCAUCCGAGAGCACCAGCAGCAGCACUAUAGCCAAGCUGCCACUUCCGAACCAGACAGAGACCACUCAUACCAGCCCCACGGUGGGCAGCAGACACACAGCACCAUGGCGAUACAGUCCCACUACGACAACCUGGAUGAUUACCACCCAGCAGCAAUACCUCAGCCACAGGCCCCCAUGCCAAACCCCCGCGGGGUCUCCUCUGCCUCUUUCCCCACCAACCCUGGCUUCACGGGCAGCCACAGCAACCGAGCGUACUCCACUGCCUUGGGCCAGGGCGCCUUCAUCCCAGCGGAACUGGCCCUGCAYAGGCCCGAGACAGAAAUACACGCUGAAUGAAGAAGAGACUUGUAAAAAAUAAAAAAAUAAAAAUAAAAAAAAGUUUUAGUAAGCAAUGAAGUGACUCAGCUGGAGGUGAAAAUGUUCCACAGCCUCUGCAGGACAGUGGACUGUCGUCAGAACCUUCCGCAUUAUUUUUCUCUAUAUUUUUUAUGAAUUGUAAAGGAAAAUAAGAUACUUUUUAGAGAAUGUACCAUACUUUCUUCAAUUGUUCUAAGAAGCCACGCGUUCGUGACUCAUUGAAAUGGUGGAUGAUCAUAGAAAUGUAUAUGAUAUAAGCGAAAGGUCCAAGAAACCAGAACCGCAAAAAUGUCAAAUAUGUGUACAAAGAAGAACUACUGGUAAAAAGGGAUUUGUUUUAUUUUUGUUUCCAGUUUUGUUUUGACUGGGGAGGUAUGAGCAUAACAGGGAUGAAGGUUUGCAUUUUAGAAAUGCAUGUUAUCUCCAAUCUCUUGUUUACCAUUGCUAUCCAUUGUGUACUUUCUGGAUGUUUCAGUACAAGUUGUCGAGGAAGGAAAUCUGUGUAAGUCAUCGUGCCCUCCCUCCUGUUUCUGUAUACACAAGGCGUUACAGUAUGUUCACUUUCAGUCUUCAAGCAUCUUGGAUUUGGGGUCGGGGCCCAACAGUACAAAGUGAGUUCUAGAACUAGACAGGGUACUUUCACCUGGUACUGUAGGGUUAUGUUAAUAUUUUAUUUGCUCUGUGAUUGUGUAUUUUUGCUAUAAAACGGAGUGAAUUGAAUGUUUUGGAACCGAGAUUUGUUCUUCAUUGCAAGAGGGACCAAACAUUGAGUAUUUUGGCCAUGAAAGCAUUCCUGCACAUGUAUGGGUUGAUGACGACAUUACCUUGGGAGGUGUAACAGAGUAAUUCUUAAAAUGUGUUUUGUUAUAGUCUUGCUUUUUUUUCUGCCAAUUUCAAAGGACUUGAAUGGACAACUUAAUAAAAUUAUAAAAACUGAUAUUGUACAACACUUCACACAAAUGUAAAUGCUUGGUCAGCCUUUGAGCAAGUUGAAUUCACUCCAGCAAAUAUAUUUUGAAAUAAAUGUACAUACUAAUUUUCAUAGUAUGUGAAAAAGAUGGUUAAUAUGUUCCAAGAGAAGUAAACCAUAAUUUAAUUUGAAUGGACAAAUGUUUGGGACCAUUUAAGAAAAUGUGGAAUAACAUUUAUGGAUACAACUGUCUGCUUUCAGUGCAAUUAGUCAAUAGCCAGUCAAAUUGGCAGAGGAUUCAGAUUCAUCUCAUUCAAUUUCAAAUGCAGGUCAUAUUUGCAUUUGAAUACCUUUGACUAUAUUUCAGUUGUAACGCCCAUUGGCUUGUGAAGGUACUGUUCUAUUUUGCCUUAUGGUCCCUACCUGUUCAAACGGAUACUAAACGGAAUACUCCCAGAUAUCCCUCCUUUAUUGUGGGGCACAGUAAGUGGCUAAAUAACCACCUAGUUGUGUUUUGAAUGUAAAAACAUCUCUUGUCUCAGUAACUGGAAAGUUAUGCUGUUGGAUAUAACAAAUAAAAUUAUUCAGGAAAUAACAAUGAAAA